AGCAGCUGCAAAGAGAAUUCGCUACUAACACAAACUUUACAGCACAUCAGGGAAAAAAGGACAAAAAAGGCUACCGGUUUUUCACCUUCUAACUUUGGCUUCAAGCUUCUAGCUUCUACUUCUGAUUCUACCUCUGAUUCUACUUCUGAUUCUAACGUCAGUUCCACUGAAAACCAAUAAAAUACAAGAAGAGUGGAAUCCUGUGUCCAAGUCCUUCCCUUUCAAGUGUGGGAAACCCUGAUGCUCACAUACACUUGACAGUGAAAAACCGAUGCACCAGUGGAAACUGACGACUGCCAGACGACUGCCAGUGAAUCACCGCUGCACCAGUGCAUCAAACCGAAACCAGUGACCAAGAAGCAAGACUCCACUCGUGCCGCAACCCAACAGAAGGGGAAGACACUUCACCUGGGGGCCUGGAGGAUAAAGCCUGAAGUCAUCUGGAAAAAAGAAACGAAAUGGCGAAGUCAUUAGAAGAACUGAAAACAGAGCGAACCACAGCCAAAAGACUUUUCUCCCGUCUUGCUAACUGCAUUGCAAGAACACACUCGGAGAUGACUGUGGAGGAGCUAAAGCAAAACUUAAACAAGCUUACAGCAGAAAGCUCGAGACUCAUGGAGGCGAACGAAGAGAUUGAGGCCGCUUACAUGGCAGAAGCAGCCGCAGCCGCUGUAGAGGACCUGGGCGCCGAGAAGAAAGCCGACCUGGAGAAGAUAGAGGCAUACUGUAAGCAGAGGACUAAAGAAGCAAAGCUCCUAAUUCAACAAACACUCUGGGAAUCGUAUGGGGAGAAAGAGCUGCCCCUUGCUCUAUACAUCGCUGAAGCUGACUGCAAGAAUGUCUCCUCUGCCCAGCUCGACGUGACUCUGGAGGCAUAUGAGUUCAUGCUGAAGCACUUUGAGAUGUUGGUGCUGAAGGCAAAAGAAGCGCACCGUGACUGGAACCGCUGGGCUCCCGCUGCAGAGCAAAGAGACUUUGAUCACCGCAUGACAGAGCUCGAAGUGCAACUUCCCCAGCUGGUGUCGCGCAAGGCCGCCUUCAUCAAAGCUGCAAAGAUCAAGACAGAAUCUGAAGAGUCCACUGUCCACCGUACAGCUCCAGUGCCAGCAAUAAAGCUGAAAGCCACAGCCCUUCCAAAGUUUGCUGGCAACCAGCGAAGUUACUACAGGUGGAAGAAGGAGUGGGAAGCUCUACAGAAGCAGGGUGAACUGACAGGGUCUAGAGAGGUCAAGAAAUUCCAGCUGCUCGACAGCAUCGAUGAAAAGGUGGCCGAAAACCUACACCUGUCGACCUACAGCUCCUCAAACGAAAUCUUCAGAGUCCUGGAUAACCGGUUUGGGAACCAAGCCAACAUUGCUCUCGAGAUCAUUGAAGAUCUACAAGCAACUCCUGCAGUCAAAGCCGGCCAGCCGAGAAGAGUCAUCGAGCUCAUCCAAACAGUGGAAAAAGCUCUCUACGACUUAAAUGAACUGGACAAUGCCAAGGCCAUAAAGAACCCCAUUGUGACCAAAUCCAUUGAGGGCAAGCUUCCAGAAACUUUAAAGAAAGACUGGCUCACCUAUGCUGCUGACGUGAGUAACGCUGUGGACCAUCACAACCGCUUUGACAAGCUGCUGGCUUACCUAAAAUCACAGGAAGCCAUAUAUGAGCAACUUGACCAGCUGAAAGAUGGCGUUGAACCUGCCAAGGACAAGACCAAGUUCCUGAAGCAAGCCAGAACAAAAGCAACCAACAAUCCCGCAGUGUCAUCCAACGGUGACGCAGCAGGCUGCAUCAUCUGUGGUGAUCCAAAGCACAGAAGAAAACUGUACUUCUGCAGAAAGUUUAGAACCGACCUAAAGCCAUCGGAGAAGAGGGAUGCAGCACAACAACUCAGUGCCUGCAAAAGAUGCCUCGAAGUCCACGCUGGUGAAAGCUGCAAGAAAACCACUUACCUGUGCGGGAAUCCAGAAUGCAAAGAUCAACACCACUUCCUCCUCUGUCCAGUUACCAGACCCCAGUCCCAAAGAACACCCAAGUUCUGUCCAGUGAGGGCUAAGGGCAGAAGACUCACUGAAACCCAGGAGCAGUUCCUCUCCAAACUCACACCAGAGCUGGCACAACAGUGUCGAGAUGCCUUCUGCAACAUAGCGUCCAGGGCAUUCAACUCCAGUGCUGCUGAGAGAGGUCUUCUAGAUGAACACUGCCUCACCGAGUACCCAGUCAUCCUAAUGCUCCUCAAUGUCACUGCUAAUGACGGACAGAGUGUCGGGACCCUCAUCGACCUGGCAUCAGACACAAACUACAUAACGCACAAAGCUGCAAGCAAGUUGAACCUGAGAAGUGAAGACGUUACACUGGUGGUUCAUGGCGUUGGAGGGAUGAAGGUGUCUGUUGCAACCAAGCGCUACUUGCUUAAGAUACGAGUCAGCACCCCAAGAGGGACACUCAAAGCACACCAACUCAUCUGCUAUGGACUUGACAAAAUAGCAGAAGUCCACAGACAUGUCCCGGCGAAAAAACUGCAGAAAAUCUUCUCAGACAUCUCCCUGGAAGAUCUGGCAAGACCAAAGGAGAUCCAACUCCUCAUCAGCCACAAAGAAGGGCAGCUGGUACCCCAGAAGGUUCGUUCCGUCGGUGACUUGGUGCUCUGGGAUGGCCCGCUUGGCAAAACCAUUGGAGGCACACACCCAGACCUCUUUGAGGAAGUCACCUUAACGGCCCACACCUCCAAGACUCACUUCGCAAGAUCCAUGCGCACUGCAGCUGUCAUUGGAGACAAACCUGCUGGUUGCAUAGCCCAAGUUGCCAUGCGAGAGACCGCCAGCCUGCCUUCAUUCAACCACUUCAAAGAGGAGAGACGUGUCCUCAAAGAGGAUGCCUAUGUCGAUGACAUAUUGACUUCCCACAACAACCUCGACCACCUGAAAUGCCUCACAUCCAACAUUGAGCAGAUCCUUCAAGCAGGAGGGUUCUUCAUGAACCCCUGGAUCUACUCGGAUCAAAGUGGGAGGAGCAAGUCGAGAGGUGAGAAGAUCGAGUCAAACACCAUGAUCCUGCCAAACCAACUCACCGAAGAGGAUAACAAAGCCCUGGGCCUCGGCUACACCGUCGACGAUGACAAGUUACAUGUCAUGGUUGCAGUGAACUACUCCAAGAAGAGGAAGAAAAUGCGCCUCGGCCAGGACUUGUUGAAAGAACAAGUGAGAGAACAAACCCCCCUUGACCAUAAAGGUGACCCUGUGAAAGCAGAAGUGUGCGGAGCAGUCUUUGCAGCACGGCUGGAGAACUACUUCCAAAAGCACUGCCGAAUCGAGGUCAAGAGGUGGUAUCAUCUAGUCGACAGCCAGACCAUCUUGGGUGCCAUACAGCGUGAAAGUUAUGGAUACCAAACCUUCUAUGCAAACAGAGUUGGUGAGAUCCAGAGCAGCACUGACAUCCGAGAUUGGUGGUGGAUUCCAGGUGCCGAGAACAUUGCAGAUAUUAUCACCCGAGGGGCCAGUCCUGAUGACCUAAUCGAGAAAUCCAAGUGGCAGUCAGGUCCGCAGUUCCUUCAGCUUCCUGAGAGUGAGUGGCCAAAAAAGUCAGCGAAAGAUGUUGCUGCACAGGCAAGAGACGUCGUCACAAAAAUGCAGAAGAAAACAUUCACUGCUGUACUCACCUGAAGUCAGCUGAAGACACAAAGCCCAAUUGCAGUCCAGUGCAGUCCAACAGGAGCAGCAGUCCAAAAUCUAUUGGACGAAAGGCGCUUCAGCAGUCUAAGACAGCUGGUCGGGACGGUUGCAUGGAUUUGGAGGGCGGCUAAGAAGUUCUUGCGUGCCAAGAGGGGAGAUGAAGCAAAGUGGGAGGCAAUACCUUCAUCUGGCGUCAUCACUGUCAGCGAAAGGAAAAACGUGUUCCUGAAACUAUGUCUGGCAGCGCAAGAAGGUGUGAACUUCCCAAAUACAACUACUGACAGGCUUGUUGUAUACAAAGACCAAGUAACUGGGAUCCUGAUGUGUGGAGCGCGGAUACAGGCCUUCAAAGAGGACCAUAAUGCUGUUCCCCUGCUACCAUACCAAGCCUGGGUCUCCACUCUCCUGGCCCGUGAAGCACACAGUGAGGGACAUGACGGAGUGGCAGGAACUCUGCUGCGGAUGCGAAAGAGAGCCUGGGUGAUCAGAGGAAGAAUUCUGGCCCAAAAAGUUGUCGACAACUGCAUCAUCUGCAAGAAGGAAAGAGCAAGAACCUGUCAGCAAAUCAUGGGUGACUUACCUGAAGAGCGUGUCAACCCAGCUGCGCCAUUCCAGUUCACAUCCGUCGACCUGUUCGGACCAUAUCAAGUGAAGGAUGACGUCAGAAGGAGAGCAAGCAUGAAAGUAUGGGGCGUACUAUUCUGCUGCAUGUCAAGCCGAGCCAUCCAUGUCGAACUGGCAAACACUCUAACAACAGAGAGCUUCCUCCUUGCUUACCAGAGGUUCACCUCAAUCCGUGGUCAUCCGCAGAAGAUCUGGUCCGAUCCUGGAACAAACUUCAUUGGAGCGAAACCUGUCCUGGAAGAAAUGUAUACUUACCUGAGACAACUGAACAAAGAAUCACUUGAAGAGUAUGCUGCCAAAAACGGUACCUGCUGGAUGUGGAAAAUCCUUCCAGCUGACUCACCCCACCGGAACGGUGCGGCCGAAGCUGCUGUCAAGGUCACCAAAAGAGCUCUGCAAAGCCUCGGUGGCGGAGGAGGCCUUACCUUCAGUGAGUUCCUGACAGUGCUUAAGCUAGCUGCUAACCUUGCCAACGAAAGGCCAAUCGAUGCCAGAGUUCAGAGCCGUGAGGACCGCAUCAACUACGUAACCCCAAACACACUGUUGCUUGGCCGAGCCACACAAACUGGAGACUUCAAAACAGUAGACUACACCACCUACCCCUUCAAGAGACUGCGAGAAAUGCAAACACAAGUUAGCCACUUCUGGAGGUCCUGGAGCCAACUUGCAGGUCCGAACCUGUUCAUCCGCAGCAAGUGGCACACUGCAAAAAGGAAUGUUGCCGUUGGAGACAUAGUGUGGCUCUGCGACCAAAACGCACUGAGGGGGCAAUUCAAGCUUGCAAGAGUGGUCAGCGUGAAUGCAGACUCCAAAGGCAUUGUCCGGGAUGUCCAUGUGAAAGUCCCCCUAGGUGGACGUGCUCAGGUGAAGACUCCAAAGCCAACAGAAAAGUCCUGGGACCCACAGGGUACCACACUGCAUCGGGAUGUGCGACGCCUCAUUGUCCUUCUCCCAGUGGAGGAACAAGUCAGCAGAGACCAGCUCGCCUGAUGGGUGCGAUCUUCCCGUGUCGCGCCACACCAAGAUCGAGUGGGAGGUGUUGCGGCGACCUGCCACAAGGAGUGCCUGAACGCAGGCUCACAUGAUUGACAGCUGCCUCCGCCACUUCCUGCUAUGCUGAAACGCUGCGCUGAACAGGCAGCCAAUCACAACGCUAGUUAGCAGGGCAGCCAAUCACAACGCUAGUCAGCAGGGCAGCGGUCGUUCUAGAACGCUAGGCAGAACUAACAUUCAGUUUGUAACGAAGCAGCAGCGCAGCAGCUGCAAAGAGAAUUCGCUACUAACACAAACUUUACAGCACAUCAGGGAAAAAAGGACAAAAAAGGCUACCGGUAAACCCACUGAACUUAUUUAUAUGCAAACGCUGUGCUCGCAGUAAUCCGUGGGCAUGAGAAAUGUUUGUUCCUUACCUGUGAUUGGUUUAAUGAUUUAAACUCUCUUUAUCAGUGGCGUGUAGUAAAAGAUCUUCAGUUAAAGUGAACAAACUGCCUGUGAAAGGGCUAAUGGUUA